CGAGUAAGACAGUGAGUGCAUGCUUGGCUUUCUCACCACAGCAACCUUCUUAGUUAAAACCAGUUUGUGCAUUGCAACUGGCUUUCUCCCUUUCCCUCUUGCCUCUAUCAUCUGCAACAAAGAUCACCUUUUCAUGGAGAGGAAGGAUGACUCUCCAUCUUCUUCUAUAGACAGCAGCAGCCACCCUGCUUUCUCCACUGCAUCUUCUGUUACCCAGCCAAGAAGCAGAGAUUUCAGCACAGAUCUCAGCCUAGGACUUAGCCUGUUAACCUCCUCUCCUCCUGAUUGGUACUCCAAACAAAGGAACCAAGUAUCUCUGACUGGCCAUCCGAGAUUGUUCGUCAAGGUUUACAUGGAGGGGAUUCCAAUCGGCAGAAAACUGGAUCUGUAUGCACAUGAUAGCUACGGUGGAUUAAUACAAACACUUGGCCGCAUGUUUAGGACCUCCAUCAUGUAUCCUGAGACUGCCCGAGUGCCUUGCGACCAUGUGCUGACCUACGAAGACAAGGAAGGAGAUUGGAUGAUGGUCGGAGAUGUGCCAUGGGAGCUGUUUCUGAUCACUGUCAAGAGGUUGAAGAUCAUGAGGGCCGACAGAUGCUAGAACUUGUAGUCACCAAAUCCAAAUCCAAAUCCAAGAUGUCAGCAGUGGUUGGGACCGAAGAUGUACAGACACAGAACAGAGUCAGUGUGGUGAGCUUUUUUGGCUGGUUUGGUUGCCAUACUGCUGGUGACCACAAAGAGGCUGAUAACAAUCAAUCAAUGGUUUCAGAGUGUGAGAUGCUAAUGAUUUGGAAGGCUAACUUACUUCCAUCUUUGUUUUCUCUAGGUAUUUUGGUUUAAAAAUCAUUUUUAAAUCUCAAUCCGGAUCUCGCGAUAUCAAUAAUAAUAAAAAUAAUAAUAACUAAAUAUCGAUUGGAACGGCGGCAUUUGAUUAUAGAUUCAUUAUUAUGCAAGUUUUCCUAUGUAAAUGAAAUGGAAAGUGAUAAUUUUUGUGAGCUUAUGCUGCUAAAACUUAUGUUUAUUGCAAAUUUAUAUGCUUUAGUCAGAACUUUAUGCAUGUUUAU